CACUGCGACAAGGUCCACAGCGACAUUUAAAAGGGCAUUUUUCCGUGUACAAAAAAAAUUGCAAUCAUCAAGAACCAGUACCUCAACCACCGUGCACCAGACAGACAUGGUCCGCGCCACUACCAAAAAACCCACUACCAAAACACCCACUAACCGCAUUCCGUGCGCGAGGUGUUCUGCCGUUUUGAAAUGUGAUGGCCUUGACUGGCCCACGGUCAACGCCCUUGUUAAUAAACACUGGGCCAUCUGUCCGCGCAGCAUCUCACCAACCGCAGCAACCACCCCGAGUCCCUCAAGGCUCUCAGUGGAGAGCCUUGGUGUUGGUGGCCACAACCACGACCAAUUCAUCGUUGGCGAUAGUAGCAAGCUGAGAAGAAAUGGGGAUGAGCGGAAACAGGAGCUCGAGAAUGACGAAUAUGCGUGUGAGGUGACACCUGAAUCAAUCAGGUGCCGCGCAUGCGGCGAGCUCCUCCAACUCGACAAGCGUUGGGUUUACCAUGAUUUUCUAUGGAACAGGCACAAGGACAGAUGUAAAAGAGUCCAAGAGAUGGAGCUCGCAAAACGUGAUUUUGACGGAGAUUCGAUGAGUAUGUUGAACCACGACGUCCACGUGGAUAGCUGGAUGAUGGGGGAAAAGUCGUGGACGUACCGGUACGCCACUGAGAAGGAAAUAAUGGAGCAUAGGUACAGCUCCAGCACUAAGGACCCAGACAACGAUUACCGCCACGAUUUUCAAUGUCCCGAGGCCGGACGCGUCGCGGGGUCAUUGUCAUGACACUUGAGUGCUAAUGGGAGAAGGAAUCACUUGAGCGAUGAGUUAUAACCGAAGGCUGUCUGCUCCUAGUUUCUGUUCUAGUUGCAUAUCAAAUAACAGCGGUCAAUUAUAGAUGCUGACUUCUAUGUCACCACGACUCGCUGAGAUGGUGUCGAGCAUGAGUCCAUCAUGGAUAAGAAACUUGAAGGCACGACUAAA